GGUGUCUCUUAAUAUGCAGAAUACAUUUUAUUUUAUAGGCCUACGGAAGGUCUAAUUUCCGUGUAUGACGAUUGUCCUAUCUGAUAAGCCUACACUUUUUAUUCAAUAUAGUUUUUACAUGAUACUCGACAAGCAGUCUUUUAAUUCGCGCAGACACCAAAAUAAUCCCCGUCCUAAAAUAACGCGAAAGCCCCUUAGCCCAGCCCCCCGUCCCCGCCCUUCUCAUAACAGGCGGGUUUAAGUCACCUAUAGCCGGCAUGGCAUUGUCGGCUCUGGCCUCCAUCCAGCAGAAAGCCUGGAAAGGGACUGGCUGCCUCCCCUGCGCCGUGUAGAAGCCUAAAUGCGACUCCGAUAACUGUAAAGGGAAGGGAAGAGCGGGAGCGAUCGGCUUCUUUGGAGGGUCGCUUUCAAACAGGGACCAGCCGCAUCGCUUUCUUUAUUAAUGUGAUUUGAACACAUUGAUCAUGAGCCUCCUGGGCGGCUACAAGAAGAAGACCGGUUAUGGGUGCGACGGAUAUGAAUCUUUACAGCUGGUGGACAGCAGCGGCGAUCUCAGUAACGGGGAUCGCGGAGGCGGCGGCGGCUUCUCGGCGGCGUCCAGCCCGGCGGCGAGGGCGGUCCCGGGAAGACCCGGCGACUGCAGCACCAUGGACAGCUCAGAUAUGGAUGCCAACUAUGGCGGCGGCCUUCUGGACAUGGUGAAAGGGGGAGCGGGCAAGUUCUUCAGCAACUUCAAAGACAACCUGAAGGACACCUUGAAGGACACCUCCACCAAAGUCAUGCAUCAGGUUGCCACGUACACAAAAGGGGAACUUGACAUUUCCUACAUCACCUCAAGGAUUAUAGUGAUGUCAUAUCCUGUGGAGGCGGUGGACAUUGGAUACAAGAACCACAUCGAGGACAUGCGCUCCUUCCUGGACUCCCGGCAUGUAGACCACUACACGGUGUUCAACCUCUCUCAGAGGAACUACCGUGGGACAAAGUUGUCCAACAGGGUGUCAGAGUGCAGUUGGCCCUCCCGACAGGCCCCCAGCCUCCACAAUCUCUUUGCUGUCUGCAAGAAUAUGCACAACUGGCUGAGGCAGAGUCCCCGCAAUGUCUGCGUGAUCACCUGCACGGAUGUCACGCGGGCCUCUUCCGGCAUCCUGGUCUGCGCCAUGUUCUGCUUCUGCCACCUGUUCAGCAGCCCAGGGCCCGCCAUGCAGCUACUGAACGCCAAGAAGCCCGGGACGGGUCUAUGGCCCUCACACAGGAGGUACCUGGGCUACAUGUGCAGCAUGGUGUCGGAGAAGCCGUCGCUGCCUCACACCAAGCCCGUGCUCAUCAAGGCGGUGACGGUAAGCCCGGUGCCGUGCUUCAACAAGCAGCGCAGUGGCUGCCGGCCUUUCUGCGACAUCCUCAUCGGCGAGACCAAGAUCUUCUCCACCGCGCAGGACUACGAGAGGAUGAGAGAGCACCGGGUGCAGGACGGCAAGGUGGUGUUUCCUCUGGGGGUGAGCGCUUACGGCGACGUGGUGAUUGCCGUCUACCACAUGCGCUCCACCAUUGGGGGGAGACUGCAGGCAAAGGUGAGCAACACGCAGAUCUUCCAGAUACAGUUUCAUACCGGCUUCAUCGCAGCAGGCACCAGCACCUUGAAAUUCAUGAAGCCUGAGCUGGACGCCUGUGAUUCCCCUGAGAAAUACCCCCAGCUUUUCCAUGUAACGCUGGACAUAGAGGUGGAGAGCACAGACAAACAGAAGGACCUCACCCCUCCCUGGGAGCACUUCCCCAGCAAAGACCUGAGCCCCAGCUUGCUCUUCUCCGGCCACCAAGAGCAGCAGGACACACUGGCCCAAGCAGAUCCUGGACGGAUCGGCGGCGGCCUGAAUGGCCGGACCGGCCCGGCCAACGGCGACAGUGAACCGUCGGACGACGAGAUGCUGUCCUUGUCCAGCCAGCAGAGCAGUGCCUCUAACGAGAAGGCGGGUGCACAGACCACGCCCAGGAAAGCCGAAGCCCCGCCCCCAGCCGUUCCACCCCCCUCAGAGGACGUGGAUCUGCUGGGUUUAGAUGGAGAUGUGGAGAGCUCAGCCAGCGUGUCCCCACGCGCCCCCACCAACGCUGAUCUGCUGGGCGACCUGUUUGGGGCCCCCCAGCUCUCCUCUGUCUCCAGCCCUGCCCACUCCACACCACGCCGAUCAGCAGCUUCCUCCUCCAGCCCCUCGCCCCGCCUCUCUGACAAUUUCAACCCAUUUGGAACCAAUUCCAGCCCUAAACAGACAGAGUUUACAGGCAUGUUCCUGGGACCAGGCUGUAACUCCCCUGUGCCCCCCAACACCCCCACUGUCAACAUCCAACAGUCAAACCCAAUGGCGGAUUGGGAAUGGAACAGGCCAGCUACUCCAGGAGCCUUUGGGAUGGGCAGCAAGUCAGCUAGCACCAGUCCAUCAGAGUCGGCCCACAACACGCCCACUCAUCAGGCCAAGCCCAACACGCUUGACCCCUUUGGCGACCUCGGGGCACUCGGGGCCAGUAUAGGAGGCGGCUCAGGCUUCUCCAGUAAGCCCACCAGUCCCACGGGGUCCGGCGGGGCCUUCCCCGGCACGGGCUCCCCAGGACGGCCAUCUCCCCAGCACGUGGCAGCUGGGGGCUGGCAGUCCAGCCCUGCAUUCCCCUCCAGGCAGCCGGGCGGAAGCUCACCGCGCUCGCCGUACCAGCAGCAGGCCAAACCGGCACCGACGACCCACUCCUCCCUGCAGAACCGGCCCAAUUACAACGUGAGCUUCUCCGGAAUGGGCGGGGCCUCUCCGGGGAAACAGACGGCUGGCGUGGGGAAGCCGAAGAUGACGGAUGCCAACUUUGACGAUCUACUCACCGGUCAAGGUUUCACCGGCAGCCGUGAGAAGAGAGGCCCGAAAACGAUAGCGGAGAUGAGGAAGGAGGAGAUGGCGAAGGAGAUGGACCCUGAGAAGAUAAAGAUCCUGGACUGGAUUGAGGGCAAGGAGAGGAACAUCCGCGCCCUGCUGUCCACCAUGCACACGGUCCUGUGGGAGGGAGAGAGCCGGUGGCGGUCCGUGGGCAUGGCCGACCUGGUCACCCCAGAGCAGGUCAAGAAGGUCUACCGCAAGGCCGUGCUGGUGGUCCAUCCAGACAAAGCCACCGGACAGCCUUAUGAACAAUAUGCCAAGAUGAUCUUCAUGGAGCUCAAUGACGCCUGGUCAGAAUUCGAAAGCCAAGGGCAAAAAGCUCUGUACUGACGCAAGAAGCACUUCAUGUGACCCCCCAGGACCUGUAAGACCCUCCCAUAUCUCUGCCGUGACCAUUGUCCUUCUCUGAUCGCCAGUGACGCGAUCUUGCAGGUGUCUCUGUGUACAGAACGACCAUGUCAAACGCGAGAGUGUGAAGUUCAUGCCUCCCAAGAGCAGAGAUCCGUCCAUACUACAUACAAAACAAUCUGCUCCACAGAACCCAAUUGUAGAUGGGGGAGAUGUUUACGACAGACCUGCAAGGCGACCAUGUGACAGGGGUCUCCAGGUUCUCUUAACCAUGCACUUUCGGCAAAUGCAAGUGUGUCAAGGGAUGAAAAGAGCGUCAUUAAACCAAAGGGCAUUUGCAUAAAUAGCUAAAUAACAAAUGUGUUAAUAUAUACGAUGCAAAGCUUCUGAGUUACUAGCUAUUUAUGUAAAUGCAGCCACCAAUGCCAGUCCUACAUAAGAUAGAGAUUUUCCAGAGCGAUGACCCAAGCUGGUUGUCUCUGGAAAUGUUCUCAGACUUGGGGACAGGACUGCCAUGGUCCAUGACGUAGUGACGUGAAGAUAUUUUUAUUUUUAUAAAUUAGCAGUGCUUCCAGCUAUAGGCACAAUGUGGACCUUCAUGGUGGGCGCCAGGUCGGUGUUUCUUAAAAGGAAAAUGACGGACUUCUGGGUUGACAAAUAGUGCACUCAACUCAGGCUGAUAACAGCUAUUGAGACAUAUCAUAAGCAUCCUAUCUUGACGUCAUGAAAUGACACUCAUAAUCCUUGUAGAGGAUGUACUCCUAUCAUGUACUCUGGGAUCUAGUGUGUCUCUCUGAAAUUCCCUUUCUCCUUUGGGAUGGCUCAGUCACACUGGGUCACAGCCCCAAAGCCCCCAGGUAACCCUCGCAAUCUUGACCUAGCAUAUAAGAGGGUUUCCUAUUGGUUGACUGUCAAUAAGAUGAAUUCUUAUUUGACGCACAAGCACAAAACUUACCCAUGGACCUUUUAUUUGACCACAGUGUCACAUAAAAUACUAUGUCUGCAAUGUAAAUACUCUCUACCUGCUAUGGAUUUUCAUUGAGUAAAGUUCUUACUUUAUUUCACUUGCAAGUAUGUUUACAUUUAAAGGAGAGUCUGAAAUGUUUCUUUUUCCAGACAGCAUUUUACCUUUUGGAUACUUUAAGAUACCUUUGAUGUUCCUGCUUCAUCUUCAGAAAUGUGUCAUUAUUCUUCUGAUGUGUCCUCUUUACAGGGUUGCCAACUUUGGUCAGCUGGCUGUCGUGAGAUUUUAAAUUGGAGACAAGCCUGCACAUGCAUUUACAUGUAAUAUGUAGUAGUUUAAUUACCUUGUAAGUAAUCUGUAGGGUUUGCAAACUGCCCCAAAGCUUUUCAUGCAGCUAACUUCAGGUUUAUUAUGGAACAAUCCGUAAGUCUGAUAAGCAUGAGCUGGCAACCUUGUCUUUAUUUGGGGGUGGGAGGACAAAUGGGUGAAUGAUUUUUCACAUUUCUGCUGUAUUGUGAGACCUCAUUCACUGUACAUAUUUUCAAAUCCAUCCAUCCAUCCAUCCAUCCAUAUUUUAACCAAUAAUCCCAGUCAGGGUCAUAGGAGUAUUUUUUUUUAUCGUCAUUGAACAAUGUUUCAUCCUGUCACAUUGAGGGUAACACUUAUUACAUUGAUUUUAUUUAGCAGAUGUUUUUGUCCACAGUGAUAUACAAUCGAGGCAAAUAGCACAUUACAGAAAAACGUCUCUCGAGCAUUUUGGGUGAUCGCCUAUGUAUUUAUUUCUAUAGACUGAUUGCAUUGAAUUGUUUGUCAUCAUGGAAAAUCAUGAGAGCUGAACAUGGAUCUUAAAGCUGCCUGCUCACCCUCCCUCUCGCUUCUCCUUCUAUUUUUCCCAGUAUUCCCAGUUUGUAAAUGUUUGAGUCACCAGAGCUGAUGCUUAAGUUAAGUCAGAGUUAAGUUUGCUUCUUUUUAUGUAUUAAUAUAUGAUAUUUUCAUGAUGCAAUUACAAAUUUAUAUGGUUCCAAGACUAUGUCCGUAUAGGGCCUUCUAUAAUGAAACAUUAACACGGACGGCCUGACCAGUACAUUUUUAAUUGGAAUUGAUGUGCUAGAGUAUUCAGUGGGAGGCUUUAACGUGACUUUUUGCUUCUGAAAUCCAUUAAUAUUGCUUGUUCCUAAUUACAGGAUGUGCUGCAAUAUGUUCCUGAACGUUCCACAGAAUCCUUAUAUUAGUGAGGGCUCUAAUCGUGCUUUAAUUUAUUUCGCAUUUAUUCAUUUAGUGGACGCUUUUGUGCAAAGCGCCACGAGAGAGAUAAACGAAAGGCAAUUGAUGGGCGCCGUGAGAGGGACGGCACGCUUACCUUGGCGGAGCUUCACAAGCUCCCCGUUGUGUUGUCAUGUAUUGUUCUUUUCGUGAUCUGUCCUACAGACUUUGGCAUUAAUUGACGUGCACAGGGCCGGCCCUGACUGUUUUGGUGCCCUAGGAGAUUCUGCUGAUUGCCCGUCCCAAAGAGCAGCAAAAAAAUUCCAUAGAUUUGUCAGUUUAUUUAUCUUAAAACAUGUCAGUAGUACAGGAUAUCUGGCUAGCUAGCUCUUUCACAAGAAACAUAGUGAAAUAUUAGAACUAAUGUAAAUAACUAUGAUGUCAUGGAAUGCGACCAGAGGAAUUUCUUCUGAUUUUUUCCUCUUUUUUGCGUCCCCUAAUCAUAUGGCGCUCCAGGCGAUUGUCGAUGUUGCCUGUCGUAGGCCGGACCUGGACCUGAGAAAGUAAAACACGCAUGGCACUUUUUGUGUGUUUGUCUCGUCUAAAAUUAUUGUGAGACAGGCUAAAGGCUUCUGUUCUUUUUGUAUAUUUAUAUCAACAGUUCUCCUGAAAUGAAAGAAAGGGGAUGUAUUGUUUUUAUUUUUGUCAUUUGUAUUUAUUCAUGAAAUGAUUCCCUACAGUGUUACAUUGUGUGAUUUGUUUUAAAAUUGUAGAAAUAUCUACAAGUAUAUUUUGGGGAAAAGGUUUUUGCAGAUUUAAUGCAGUUGUCGAAUAAAUGUAUGUGAAUGGAAACAGCAUCGACGUGGCUGCUGGGGGGCAGGGAGCAGGCCUGCAGCUUCUGCUAACGGAAUUGAAGGAGUAGUUUGUAAUGAAUGAGUAUCAGGGUGAAAACAGCUGGGUAAAUGCUGGUCCGCUUGUACAAAAAAACAUUUCUAUUUGUACAGUAGUGGAGGGGGUGGGGUGGAAUAGCAUCUGGCCCCGGGUCCGUCAUAGCAGGGGGCCCACUGCAAAAUUUACUAAGCUACACCCCAAAGUGGCUGACACCAAAGCCCAAGAUGAUCACGCAAAAUUUGCAACAAUUUACCGAGAUACACCCCCCCCCCCAGCACUCAGUCCCCCCUGCUGUGAGACCCCUCCCCUGCCUGCUGCUAUUUCUUGGGAUAUUCCUUCUGUUUAGAUAGAUCCCCAUUUAACUGUCCAAGACUUGGUUCUUUGGUUAUUUGUUUGAAAUUAAAACAUAGCACAAAGUGUUACCCGCAGUUACAUUUUUACAAUAUUGCAAUAUUUUACAUUAUAUUCAUGGAGAUCUUUUUUUUUUUUUACCGCGUCUGUCAUCCACCUUUGUAGAUGCUGAACAUCAAAGGUGUUUUUGUCAGGAUGCCACACAGAAGUCAACAGUAACUAGCUGCUGAAUGGGUUUUACGGAUUGUCACCAGUGAGCCCCAAUUAUAACCUGCACACAGUAUUAUUCCCUGUCGAACAGAUAUUCAGUCUUCAGUCUUGAUUCUCGAGCCGACAAACAGGCUAAUUUUACGAUAGUGAAACUGUGGUAUGACUGUUGUGGGAUUUGGACCCCUUUGCUUGUGUGCUUGUAAAGUGUUGCUGAAACGUGAGUUACGUUUACGUGAAUUAUUGACCGGCCCCUUCCUACCUGUAUAUAAUUGUGUGCACAUGCAGAAAUAAACGAAGAAACGAAACGCAAGAAAGGCACUCUUUUACA